AUGGCGAAGCUCCAAAAUCAUUACAUGCUCACACCAUCGCGCAUCGCCCGCCACUACGUGUUCCGCCAAUGCGUGCAGAAACCGGCGGAAUCCAUCAGCCAAUUUCUGCAAUCCUUACGAGUAGCGGCGAUUCAAUGUGACUUUGGGGACUUGGAGGACAACCUCGUAGAACAGUUUGUCUGCAGGGUCAAAGACAUUCGCCUUCGAUGCUGUCUCCUGGCUCACCUGGAGAUCACCUUGCAGCAGGCCGUGGACGAAGCCAGAGCAGCCAAGUUCUCGGAGCAGUCCACGGCCGACAUGCAGCAUCUGCAGCCUCUCCCGCCAUCUCUAUCUCCCCCGCCUCCUCCUCCUCUACCUCCUCUAUGUCCUCCUCCGGCUGCUCAGGCUUGCCUCAUCGAUGAGCUGGUGCCACUAGUGGAACCGGACUAUGAGCAAGUGGCUCAGCUCCGUGCCCAACCUCGGCAGCCUCCCCCUAUGCCGGCUGUUCUGACCUCGUCUGCGUGUGUGGGCUGCGGCGGCAGACACAACCGCUCUGCAUGCCCCUUCAAGGGCACCAUCUGCCGUCGUUGUGGCAAGAAAGGCCACAUCACCCAGGUCUGCCGUGCCUCGCUGCCUGCGCCUUCCUUCAGCAGCCUGCUGUUUCUCAACCGCAACCGCGCCGCCAGCCUCCGCGGCCUGCGAGGUUGCACCAAUUUGGCUGAAGGCUCGCAGGAUGCCAAGGUUGAUGCCGAGCUUGAUAAGCUGCUGGUGCAGGGCGUCCUGGAACCCAUCGACCAUUCGCGAUGGGAGACCCCAAUUGUGGUCCCUGUCAAGCCCGACGGGUCGGGCUGCACCUUUGCGAAACUGGAUAUGGUGCAGGCCUACCAGCAGCUCCCAGUGGAUGACGAUGCGGCAUCUGCCCAAACCAUCGUCACCCAUCGUGGGGCUUUUCGUUGUCACCGCCUCGAAUUCGGUGUUUCCAUGGCCCCGGGGAUCUUCCAGAGCCUCAUGAAGCGCCUGCUCCAUGGGCUCCGUGAUGUGGUUCCGUAUUUCGAUGAUGUUCUGAUCGCUGGUUCCAGCUGCUCAGAACUCAUCGAAAUGCUCAGGAAGGUCCUCCUCCAUUUUAGGGCCUGUGACGCCUCCCCCUAUGGUCUGGGGGCUGUCCUGAGCCAUGUCCUCCCAAAUGGCUCGGAGGCCCCCGUGGCCGUCUACUCCCAGACACUCUCCUCUGCGGAGCGCAAUUACAGCCAGAUUGACAAGGAGGCUCUGGCUGCAGUGUCCGGGAUUAAGAAAUUCCAUGACUAUCUGUAUGGUCGGCACUUUACACUUGUCAUGGACCACAAGCCUCUCCUUGGGCUUCUGACCGGCGACAAGCUGACCCCUCCCAUCCUCUCCCCCAGGAUGACCCGCUGGACAGAGUUCCUGGCAGCGUAUCCCUAUACGCUGCUCUACCGUCCUGGCAAGCAGCUAGGGCACGCGGAUGCCCUUAGCCGCUGCCCCCUGCCUGUCUCCGAUCAGGCACCGGUGCCAUCCUUGUCCGUUCUCUCGAUCGCCUCCUCGGGCCUUCCCCUCACUGCCGCUGAUGUGGCCGCCCACAUUAAGGCUGACCCGGUUUUGGCUCAUGUCUGCUCCUGGGUCCUCCGCGGGUGGCCUCUGGGGAAGGUGGCUGACAGUUUCCGGCCGUUUAAGGCCCGCCAGGAUGAACUGUCCCUCCAUAGCGGGUGCCUGAUUUGGGGAGAUCGGGUGGUGAUCACUCCCAUUCUGUGCUCUCAGGUUCUGUCUCUGCUCCACUAGGACCACCCAGGCAUAGCGUGCAUGAAGGCAUUGGCAUGCAGCUAUGUCUGGUGGCCCUUGCUGGACGCCGAGAUCGUGGCCUGGGUUGGCCGCUGGUCUCCCUGUCAGCUCUCCCAUUCCACUCCCCCAGCGGCGCCUGCUCGAGAGUGGGAGGCUCUGAGAGGCCCGUGGUCUCAGAUACAUAUUGAUUUUGCCGGCCCCUUUCAUGGGCAGACAUUCCUGAUUGUGGUGGAUGCCUACUCUCGCUGGGUGGAGCUUGUCCUCAUGACCUCCACCACAGCCGAGAGUACUGUCAGGGCCCUACGCCGGUUGUUCGCAAUCCAUGGGUUGCCGGACAUGGUAGUCUCGGACAACGGGCUCCAAUUCGCUUCCACCACUUUUCAGGAAUUUGUGGCCUUGCAGGGUAUCUGGCACGAGCCCACCACUCCGUACCAUCUGGCCUGCAAUGGCCGGGCGGAGCAUGCGGGUCGGACUGGCCGAUGGAUCCGAGUGGAGACGCCACGUGGAUCAGUUAAGGAAGCGUUCCCCACUGAGACCGGCGUCCCAUCUGAUCCAGGGGCCCACAACACAGCUGCCUGCCAGCUGCUCCAAAGAUUCCAGUUUGAGGCCUUUCCUACUCAAAUGUUGCAGGACUUCCACCUGCCCGUUCUUUCAUUCAAUCCAAGUUCGAGUGCCCAGAUUCACACCACCGGGCCUUUACCCAGGCAGGCCCCACCUAUCCAGAUGCCUCCUGCUGGCCAACAUCCCCGUUUCACCCUCAAGCUGAUCCGGCCCCAUUCUCCAGUUACCACACUGGUACAUCACCAGUCGCCGCCUCCCGGCACGGUGACUCCUCCCAAAUUGCUGCACCCCCAAGGCCUGGCCUACCUGCUGAGUUGCGCCCACCUUCUGGGCCAUCCCAAGAUGGCGCCACUCGGAGCUCCACUCCCUUUAGGAAGGAGCUACACUGAGCAGGACUCACCCCUCCGACGACUCCUGUAG